GGGGAAUUCCACAACUGAGUUUUUUUAUCAAAGGGAGCAGUCCAUCCACAUGAACUCGCAUCCUCGCAGUCAAGGGUGUGAUCUCAGCUUUCUCAUACUUUCCAAUGUCAGCGCCAAUGCAUUCAACGAUUUGCUCUGUCCACAAGUGAAUGAUAUAUAUUGCUGACGUUUACAAGCACGCCAUUUCUGUCCGUAGUCUCUGAGCCUUGAGGUACUUUCACAUAUGCAACUCUUUGAUAUUUCAUGUAUAAUUGUAGAAUAGAAAGAAGAUCUGCACCUUGUUCACAAAAAAAUAAUGAAUCUGCACCUUUAGCACUAGGUUCAAAUAUAUAACAAUACAAAAAUGUUGCUAUAACAAUGGAUAUUGUUGGAAAGCCCUCACAUAUGCAUGAAUGCAUCAACAAAUCACUGGUGAUAUCAAUAUGAUACUUCCGAAGUACUUGAUAAUCACUGCCAGGGCCGGUCCAGAGCAAGCUAGCGAAACUGUUGAUUAGGGCAUCAAGUCUAAGAAAACAUUUUAAAUUUAUUUUAUUUUUAAUGUAUACCGAUAAACAAAAUUGAUAGAUUUAUAGUUACAAUGUUUAGCAUUUUUAGUUACGAUGUCUUGAGAGCAUUAUUUUUGAAAUUCAGAAAUUGUUUUAAGCAAAUUAAAGUAUGCAUUUAGACAUAAUUGGAGAUGCUUUAUUUUAUGAAACUAAAAAUGCUCCGGUAAUCAAUAUAUAAAGAAGCUAGAAGUCCAAUGAAAUUCUUAAUUUUUUUUUGACGAAUUAAAAAUUAAAUACUUAAUUUUUGGAAGAAAACAAUAUUAUUAUCAAACUCAGAAGAAUUAUUGUAAAGUUGAUACUGUUAAAAAUUAUUUGCGGUCUAACAUGCCAGAUGAAAAAUUAAAAGGAUUGAUUUUGUAAUAAAUUGAUAACCUAUAAUUGAAAUAUUUGACAGUACGAUAGUAAUUAGCUACUAUGUUUCUUAUCGUAUAAAUACAAAAUAUUCGAGAGUCGUAUAUAAAUUUCUAAUUCACGUACACCAAGACUAGUUUUGCCAUGGACUUUAGAACAAUUAAACUCAAGAGUCCUGUUACAAAUUGAUAUAUAACUUCCAAUAUAGACACAUAAGCUUAAUGCUAGCUGUAUUUUAGAAACAAAAAAUACUCGAUAAUUUUGGUUUUAAGAUAGUUUGAAAUACUGAAACCAACUGUUGAUCCAACCACACGCUUUUCAGUACUAUUUUGGUAGAUAUUUCUUUGGAGAAGAUGUUAACACUAGGCAUUGAUUUUUAAAAUGAUCAUAUACUAUCACAAGAAAAUAAGAAGAGAAAGUACUUACAAUCUUAUAAAUAUCUAAGAGACAGAGAAUUACAAGACCACCUGUCUCAUGGUGACGCACAAAGACCAUAAUCUCUUUCGUAAUUAUUUAGUUUAUUUCUAUAGUAUAUGACCAUAAUUCCUUAUGUGGAAUCCAACGAAUCUUAUAAGACAAACAACAAAGAUUAGUAUAAGAUCGCAUACAUGAUUCUCCUCGACACUUGGAGAAACCUUAGUGGUUCAGUUAUGUGUAUCACCGUAAAAUAAUCAAGCACCAUCAAAAUUUUUACUUUAGUUGUGCUUUUAAAGAAAAUAUUAAUUAAGGAAGUUAAAUAAUAACAAUACCUAUAAUUAAUAUCAUUGCAAUAACUCCUAAAUCAUAUAGCGUGGCGACGUGAUAUAAGUUCGAAAUAGCUUUAGCAUAUAAGGAUUAUUCUAUUGGAUUUGAUGCUCGGUUAGACCAUGUUACCUUAUGCCUAAACAUUAUAUUUUUAAUCCUGCAUGAUUACUGAUAAUGUUUAAUUAAUAGCCUGUAAUAUCCUUGUUGGUGUUCACAAAAAAUGAUGAAGUUUGGUGACUAAGUAUAACAAGUAAACCACUAAUAGUAGGGUUAACAAUCCGACCCAUGGUCUAGUUUUCAUUUGAUUAACUGAUGGUUUAGUGCUUGGCUCAACUUUGGUUUGGUUCGAUUUAGAUUAUAUCCCUAAUUUAAAUCCAAAACAAUGCACGAACAAGAAAGGGCAGUUUAGUAACUCUUGGAUGCUGAUGUCUUUGGAAUUGAGAGGAUAAAGACUUGAAUGGACGGACGAAAUGAUAUAUACGAGUCUUAUGAAAACGACCUGUGAAAAGAGGUACCCAAGUUCUACAUAGUUGCAAGUUCUAACCCUUGUUUUCUUUACCUUUGUAUUAUUCCUUUUUUCCUUCUAUGCCUACAUUUAUAAUUCCUUUUUUAUUUUUGGAUAACAUUUGCUGAAUAGAUUAGUUAUUCUUAUUACUAAUUAAGAGUUUGUAGAGCUAUUUUGGAAUAUGAGAUUGGAAAGUGUAUAUAUUGUAAAUUUCCAUAGAAUCUUGCUUUAGAUAGUGAUAUAACCUUAUAAUUUUGAUUCGAGAAAGAACAUUACUCUAGAAAUUAAAAAAAUCUUUUUCUCGUCACUAGUUUCUAUCUCUAUAGAAAACAAACAAAUUAGGUGGUGGAGCCAAGGACGUAGAGUUUUUUUUUUUUUUUUUUUUUUUUUUUUUUUUUUGGUAAAAAAGGACGUAGAGUUAGUGGGUGCAUAUAUAAAUACUGAAAUGGGCAGAGAGAAAACAUAACACAACAUAACGCAAAGCCAAAACAGAGGAACACUUAGGUUUCAUAAGAUAAAGAGACCUAAAGAGAUCUAAGACAGUACUUCUCUUUUUAGCUUAAGGAGAAAAAUAAAAAGUAAAGGAUGAGUUUGUGGGGAGUAAUGGGAGCAGGAUGGGGAAUAGUAGAAGAAGGUUGGAGAAAAGGGCCUUGGACUGCCGAAGAAGACCGUCUUUUGAUCGAUUAUGUGCGGCUUCACGGUGAAGGCCGAUGGAACUCUGUUGCCAGGCUCGCAGGGUUGAAGAGAAAUGGCAAAAGCUGUAGGUUAAGAUGGGUUAAUUACUUGAGACCAGACCUGAAGAGAGGACAAAUCACUCCUCAUGAAGAAACAAUUAUCCUUGAGUUACAUGCUAAGUGGGGCAACAGGUGGUCAACAAUCGCUCGUAGUUUACCGGGAAGAACAGACAACGAGAUCAAGAACUAUUGGAGAACCCAUUUCAAGAAGAAAACAAAAUCUCCAACUAACAAUGCGGAGAAGACGAAAAACAGAAUCUUGAAGAGGCAACAGUUUCAGCAGCAAAGACAGAUGGAGUAUCAGCAAGAACAACAGUUGCUUCAAUUAAACCAAAUCGACAUGAAAAAGAUCAUGUCUUUACUAGAAGAUGAAAACAACCACAACAAUGGUGAUAGUAACUUCAGUACUAGUAGUAGCGGUAGUAGUGCUGAAGGCGGUGCGUUCUAUGUUCCUCAUCCGAUCACACAUUCAUCAACAGGCUCUGGUUAUGAAUCAAAGGGUAAUGGGCUUUUCCCAGUGGUUCCAGUGCCAUUGCCUGAGGCUAAUGUACAUGAAGAAUACGGGAUUUGGGAGGGUUUGUGGAAUCUGGAUUUGGAAGGACAAGGAAGCUUUAAUGAUGGUGCUUGCGUCCCAAGGAAACCCUGUUUCCAGAACUUGGGCGUACCCUUUUGUUAACUUGACUUCAAAGUGUCUUUUACCUACCGGAAACCAAAAAUAUGAAACUUGACUGACAAGUUCGUUCGAGUUUGGUUUUGUUUUUAUCUUUUCUGAUUUUGGGUUUACUAUUAGUAGUUUUUUUAUCAUUUGUGUGUGAUGUUAUAAGAAGCUUAUUUGGGCAAAGCCAAAUUAACGAGUGAUGUAGUAGAACGUCUAUGGAAGAAUAGUCUUAUUAAGUUGAUCAAAUAAAGUAUUGUAACUUGCAAAUUUUAGGAGAAAUAUCUUCUUUAUGAGAGCAGAGUUUAAUAAUUGAAGAAAUAUGGACGGGUGCACAAAAACAGAGAGAUAUGGACGUUAUUAUUACUUUGUAAACGUUUAGGGUUUACUGUUAAGCCUAAGUGGGCUUUUAUCAAUCGUACUGACUAUUCAAUUAAUAAAAAAAGACUCCAAAAUACUUCCUCCAUUUCAUAUUUCAUAAUAGAUGAUAUUUUAAAUUUUUUUUGUUAUUUCAUAAUAGAUGAUGUUUUAAUAUUUUUAUGUUAUUUUUAACUUUAUUGAAAACUGUGUAAUCAAUUGAAUGUUAUAGUCAUUUAUGUAAUUGGUUAAAUGAUUUUUAAAUUAUAUUUCUACAACUACCUUUUAGAGAGAAAAAAAAAUUUCUUAAUCUUUAUGCAUUGAAGUAAAACAUCAAGUAUUAUGAAACAGAAGAAGUAUAAUACUCCCUCCGGAUAAGAAUGUAUGAUGUUCUAUCUUUUUAUUUUGUAUACAAAUAUAUGAUGUUUUGAAAUAUAGUUAAUGUAUUUAUUUUAAAAAUUUAAACAUAAAUUAGAAAGUAAAAUUAUGAGUGGUGAAACUUUAUUGAUAUAACUAAAAAGUAACAAUUAAAAUAAUGUAUUUAUUGUUUUUAAUAUGUGUGUAAAACUUUAAACAUCAUACAUUUAAAUCCAGAGAGAGUAAUCGUACAAUUUAGGUACCUCAGCACAUGUGGGUCCCACAAGAAAAAAAUAUUUUUGGUUUCUUUAAUGAGCUUGCGUAAUAUUAACAUAAACCCAAUCCAUAGCAGCCAAAAAACACGUUCUCCAACACCAAUCGUUCUUUUAGCUUCUCCUUCAUCAAACAUAUUGUCGUCUGAAUGAAGUAAAAAUAUUAGAAGGUGAACAGGCCAUCAUUACAUCUCCUUCUCCCAACAAACGUAUUCCAACCACAAUUUCAUCUUCAAUUCCAUAUUAAUUCCUUCAAAAUUUCUCUUCUUUACAUCCGCCCCAUUCAGACGAAUCUGAAUCACUCCUAUAAAUUUGGCCAUACACGACAAAAAACCUUCGCUACAAUCACUGCAAAAAAGUCUUCAGUAAAUUAUCACCUCUUUGCUUUCGUCUUCUGUCAUGGCCGCUUAUUUUGUCUCAAUUCCUGUCUUAGCUCCAUACGUCACCUUCAGGAAUAUUUCUAUCUCAGAUGGAUUUAAUUUCUCGGCUCCAUAUGUCUUUUUACAACUUACUUGCUAACUUGGUAAAUAAUCACCAUGUACGUACUUCAUUUUCAUUUUCUUCUUUGUUUGGCAUCUACAAAAAUAAGGAAAAAUGAUUGAUGACUACAUGAAGUAUUGACCAUCACAUAGUUAACUAUCCAAACUAUAAUAAUGUAUAUCUAAGUACACGAAGUAUAUGUUAUGCAUGACAACAUACAUCAACUUAAUGAUGUUAUUUAGUUAACAUCACGAGUUUAGUUUCAUUCAUCCAAAAACUGAUGUAAAUGUCAAAGACCGUUUUAAUAUCUCGUUUCAUCAAUUAAAACAUGACCGACGACCCGACCAUAAUUUAACUAAAAUUAGAUUUUAACCAAUCUUUUAAAAGCGUAAGAAUAUUUUUAACAAAAUCUAAUUUACAAAAUCAAUAUCUUUUAACAUUUUUUUGAUAAGUAGUGUUUUAUAUUUUAGUGUAUUUGAAAACAAUAUAAUUAAAUUAUUUUUAUUUAUAUUAAAUAUGAAAGUUAUAUAAGAUAUUAUGCAAUUUUGUUUUUUAAUUAUUUUAAUCUGUUUUGGUUAUGAAUUUUAAUAAAAUUUGUAAUUAUUUUGAUUAAUUAUGUGAUAUAUACUUAUUUGAAAAAAAAAUAUUAAUUAUAAAACUUAUUUGACGUCAAUUUAUUAACUUUCACAUUUUAUUUCUUUAAAACGUAUUUGAUGUCAACUUAAACCAAACAUAAUCUCGAAUAUCUAAUUAUUAAUUAUAUACUUUUAAGAAUAAAAAUAAUCUAAGAAUAAGAAUCUAAUAUGAAAGUUUUACUAAGUUUAAAUGAAUGUAAUUUUUGUUUAUAAAAAUAUAAAUAAUAUAAUUCAUUAUUUUAAUUAAUUUAUGUUAAACAAAUAAAAUGUUAGAAUCAGUAAAUUGACAUCAAAUAAGUUUUAUAAUAAAAAAAAUGAUCAAAUAAGUAUAUAUCACACAACUAAUCAUAGUGAUUUUGUAAAUUAGAUUUGUUAAGAAUAUUCUUACGCUUUUAAAACGCGGAUUAAAAUCUAGUUUUAGUUAUAUAACUAUCAGGUACAUCAUAUUUUAAUUGAUAAAACAUGAGAUUUAAAUGGUGUCUAACAUCCACAUCACUUUUUGGAUAAAUGAAAUUAAAUUCGUGAUGUUAACUACAUAACAUCAUUAAGUUGAGGGAUGUUGCAUUCAUAGAUAUACUUCAUGUAGCUAGGUAUACAUUAGUUUAGUUUGCAUGGUUAGCCAUGUGAUGGCUAAUUCUUCAUAUAGUCAGCAAUAAUUUUGCCUAAAAAUAAACUUACUGAAAUUGUAGAGAAUUUUUUUGUAUGACAGGAAAAGUAAUGUUUCUCUUGUGUGCGAAUUAAAAUAUGCAAAGGCUAAGACGUAGAUGUAUAUAUUUCUUCGAGUCAACAAUUUCCAUUGUUGAUUCUAUAACUUCGUUGUUAAUGUUUGGAUUUCCUGUCAGAAGCUGUGAUUAAUCUUUUGAAGAUAGAGCUAGGACUAGCAUUCAAGGGAUAUCAAAAGAAUGUGGUUGAAUCUUUCGAGGUAGUCUAAAUUACUUCAUCAAUUUACUCAAAUACUUCCUUGCUUUAUCGCUCAUGGUUGUACUGUUUUAUACCAAAAACAUGCACCAUGUAAUGUUCUAUUUCAACGUGAAUAAGGAAGAAGCUAUGUAAAUGGAAAAAACCCUGGAAUCCCAAGGGCAAGUGGAGUUCAAUAUGUGUAUCCUUGGAGAAAACAUUAACAUGAAAAAGAACAUGGUGUCAAUCUCAAAGGAGAAUAACAAAGAGGACAAGACGGUUUCACUUCUUCAGUGAUUGUAUCAUCUUUCAGGAUUUAUCGUAUCAUUUAUUUUCCAUAUGAGCAUUGUUUCAGCAAAAGGCCAAGAAAAGCAGACAAACAAUUGAAUGUUUGAAACGAAUAGUUGAAACAAUUUUACUUAAAUAAAAGUUGAGAAUGUUUGCUUUCUUACGUUAAUAUCCUAAAAAUACAGAGACGGGAUGAAAACAGGCCCGUCUCAUUAUUUUUCAGAGCCAUGUGCAGGUUCUAAUAGUCUGAACAAACAAGGUUUAAUGGCUUCUACACCCAUGUGUGGGGUUUGAACCUCAGUCAACGCAAUUUCUACAGGAAGAGGUCUGGGUUUCAAUUCCCGGAGAAAGCGAAUUAUGCAGAAAAUUAGAGAAAAUGCUUAUAAGAGAUCUUCAGCAUGUCGCAAGAAGUACCGUCAGGAAUGAAUCUCAUAGGGCUACUCAGGGUGAUGCAGUCAGGCGUGAAUCCUCAUCAGGCAGGUAGAAUUGUCGGUUGUAAUAUCGUCUAUGUAAUCUUUCUUAUAAUUUGUAAUAGCAUAAUUAAUCAGACAAAAAAACAAAAUUUGUUUGCAAAAAAGGCCCUAAUUUUCUAAAAUAUUUCUUUAGACUCUUAAGAAAAACUUGUAGAAAAAGUUUUGGACACUGUGCAUAAGCACCACUUGCACUUGCCCAAAGACGGGCAUGGAUGAAAAGAUAAAUUAAUCAUGAUAUAAGUCAGCAAUCUUAAAACAAAUAUAAUUUUUUUAAGAUUUGUUAGAUUCUUUCUCAACAGAUUUUGUUAUAAUUAAAAAAAAAUUCAAAUUUAUAGUUGGUUUAUUAUUAAUGUAAAUAAUCAAAUAUGUCAUAUUAACUAAUUCUUUAAGUGGUUCUUUUUUUAUUUUUUUUUACAGCAAGUCAUUCACAGAUUCAUAUUGACUCUGUAAACCAAAUCGGCAACUCUGCAUCCAUAUGAACGACGAAAGAUGGUUGUAUCUUAGCACUAUGUGCCAAGCUAUCCGCCUUUAGGUUCUCUGUUCGGGGUACAUGGACGACGUCUGAGUUGAUGAAGCUUCUUCGUAAAAGCUUGAUAUCUUCCAGGUAGCUUUCAAAUGCUGGCCAUUCUUCUGGUUCCAAAACCAUCUUCACCAAUUGAGAACAAUCCGUUGCAAACGUAACCUGAAACUGUCGUAAGUUCUUCAUACAAUCCAUUGCCCAAAUCAAUGCCUCCACCUCCGAGUGAAGAGGUGAUAGACACGCCCUUACAUUCCUUGCUCCCAAUGAACCAUCAAAACCCGGUAAGGUACUAUACCAUCCUUGUCCAGAAAAUAGUUCCUUCUCUUUCCACGAACCAUCUAUAAAACACCAUCGUCCUGUAGUUUCUAAUGUAGGUCUGGUCUGCACUUGCCUCUCCCUUCUUUGAUCAGUGAUUACCUGUGCUUCAGCCCAAAGUGUCGAUUCCAGUUUUGCUAAUCUAAGUGUUUCCCUUGGAUCAAUAUCCAGAUUACUAAAAACUUUAUUGUUCCGACCCAUAUAUACCAUAAUAUCCAUGCGAAUUGGUGGUCAUACAUCUUUGGAGUAACUCUCCAAAAAAGAUGAUUCAUGUUACCAAAAAACGAACAAGUAGGAAAAGAAUUUGGAUUCGAUGGUAUUUUAGAUAAUGCCCACACUUGACGUGCUGGAGGGCAUUCAAAAAACACAUGAUUUAUUGAUUCCUCCGGGUCUCCACAUCUAGAACAACAAUAUUCCCUUGUAUUCCUCUCCCCCGAAGAUUCUUCAUUACCGCCAUACAACCUGAAAGGAGUUGCCAUAAAAAAUGCUUUAACUUCGGCGGACACCGCACUUCCCAACAGAAAGCUUUUAACGUAUCCACUGUGGGUCCAUAAAAAUCUGGUGGUUUUUCUUUGUCAGGAUAGACUCGUUCCACUUGAUACCCUGAUUUGACCGAAUAUUUUCCAUUAUUAGUGAAAUGCCAUCUAUUCCUAUCUUCCAUCUGAUGUCUACUUAAUGGAAUACUUUCAAUAAUUUGUGCAUCAUGAGGAUCUACCAAAGCCCUAAUUGCUUCAAGAUUCCAAGUUCGGGAUUCCAAAUUAAUGAGGAAAUCCACUGUGAGAUCCGGGUAACUGUUGUGAAGAUUUUUGUUUGCUGGUAUCGGGGCUGGGAUCCAAGAAUCAUUCCAUACCAAAAUAGAUGAACAUGUUCCCACCCUUUUAAUUAGUCCUUUACAAACCAGAGAUUUAGCAUAGAUCAUACUUCUCCAGCCUAUAUGACGGGGAGUAAAAUCGGAUCGGUUCAAGGGGUGAAGCAUUCCUAUAGAACCGUCCUUUAAAGACUCUAGAGAAAAGAGUGUUUGGCUUCUCAAUCAGCCUCCACAAUUGCUUUCCAAGCAUCACCGUGUUAAAAUCCAUAAGAUCCUUAAAACCUAAACCACCAAUGUCUUUAGGGAGACAUAACUUAUCCCAUAAUUUCCAAUGCAUGCAUUUUGUGCUCCCUCCUGGACUCCACCAAAAUUGAGCUACUGCACUCGUUAAUUUUUUAACUGUAGCUUUUGGUAAUCGAUAAACAGACAUGACAUGAUUUGGCAGAGCCGUAACCACGUACAGACAUUCUUUAAAUGGUACUGUACAAUAAUUUUGAUUACAACAAAAUGGGUGGUUGUAGAUAUAAACAUUAAAUACGGAUGAAACCCUUAAAAUAUAAUUGCCGUAGGUUUUAUUAUAUUAUGUAUACAAUAAUACGUAUAUAAUUAUAAUAUAGUAUAGUACAAAAUAAUGUACUAUACAUUGCACUUUGAAACCAAAAUUUAGAAACUUUCUCAUGAAUAUUCGAAUUAAAUUCUAUUUCAAUGUGUAAACUUAGGUGAAAGAAGUAUUUUUCAAUGGUUAAAAUCCAGGGGAUUCUUAAAAGUCAUUCUUAAAAGUCCGCAAGCAAUACAAAGUCAAACUGUUUUGAUGUGCUACUUGUGGGGAUGGCUAUACGAAACGCAGUUCGGAAGAUUGUUAUCAUCAUAUCAACAGGUAUGGUUGCUGAUUACAACCAAGAAAUAUAUCAUCUUUCGGUAUGAGAAAACCCCAAAUGGUCUGCGAUAGAAUCAAUGAAUCGCAACCUUUGAUCUUUUUAAAAGUUGUUGAAGUCUCAUUAAAAAAAAGUUAUCCGAACAAUAGUUUAUUGGUUUGACUAAUAAUUAGUUAAUGCUUUUACAGCGGUAGCUAUAUAUUUUAAAUCUUAAAGAAUGUGAUUUAUUAAACAAUUAAGGGAGAAAAUGUUUUCAAUAGAUCUCCUACAUGGUCCAAUUAAAAUUUGGUUAGGCGUGGAUUUUCCUAGGACAGCUUGGGUGAUGCAGUCGGAUAUAGAUUUUUAUAAAUCAUAAGAUAUGUAGUAUGUUCGGUUGUAGAGUCGUCUAUAUAAUCUUUUUAUUGUAAUUAUAUUGUAUAAAUCAGCGUUAAAAGAAAAUUGAAUAUGAAUAAGUAAAAAAAUAGCUAGAUUUGAUAAUGUAUUGUAUGUGUACCAACAUAUGAAAGCAGCAUGUAAAUUAACAUCUAGUUAUAUCGUUUUUCUUUAAUAUUGAGAAUCUAUUGUUGUAUUUAUAUGUACCUAUAAUAACUAUGUAAUCUUUGUUCUAAAUUAAUACGAUAAUUAAACCAGCAAAAAAAAACUAAAUUAUUUAUUAUUGCAUCAGGUGUUGAAUCAAAAUUUGACAUAUUUGUAAAAUACCACUAAUUCGCUAGUAGGUUAUUAUUUGCAAAAAAAAAAUAUUAAAGAUAUUUAAUCGAUUACAAAAAAAUAUCAAAU